AUGCGAAGAGCUUUAGAACGCGCUCUGGACCAUGCAGAGUGUGGCACUGAAAGCGCCCAACAGAGACCUCCUAAGAGGAAAGCCUCAUUCGCUGAGGAAAAAUCUCUGCAUGAAAAGCUGUAUGACAUGUAUGUUGAGGAGUUCGGGAAGGAGCCCGAAGGUACGGAGGAAUUAACGCGCAAUGUGAACUUGCUGGAGAUGCUUGUUCGGCGGGAGUCCUUGCCCCGUUUAGUGGUCAGCCUAUACCCAGGCGAGGAGGGGUAUUCGCUGAUGAUAACGGGAGACACUGAACUCUAUUCAGAGAUCAUUAGACUGCCCUAUGAGGAACGGGACUUUCUUGACUACUUGGAUGCAGGGCAACUGUGUCCUGAUAUGGUAGAUGUCCUGGAAAGGUCUCGGGUUAACGUUUUUCAGAGCGGGUGUGUCAUCACAGAAGUGCGGGACUUUAGACAGUGCACUAACGUGGACCGCUGUCGUUACGAAAGGAGGCAUGUUCUCUUACGCCCCGCGAUGCAGACGUUAGCUUCCGAUACAGAGUCCAUAACCACCAAUAACCAGACACGGGCCCAGGAAGACAGACUUUCACUUGAGAGCCAGCCGAUCUUAGCUGCAGCUGAGCCCCUGUGUCCUGAUCCUUCUGUAUCAGUAGCCUGCAGUGAAAACAAGCUGGUCUGUAAUGAGCAAAAGAUGAACACUCCUGCCAUGGAAAGGAACUUACAGGAGGACUAUUCUGCAGCCUCCCUGCAUCCACAGCAGGAGCUGCCUUGCAGUCCACCCCCUCCUGAGCUAAGCGCAUGGGCUCCUGACCAAGAAAGCCAAGCAGAUCAGGAUGACCUUGAAAUUUUCACAGAAAGUUGUGUAGAUAUGUGGGAACAACUAGCCCUUGACUUGCAGAUCCCUCUUGAUUUGGAUAUAGAAAAAUUCGCUGAAGAUUGGCCUUUCCAAUAUGAUGAUGCAAAUUCAAUAAUCUGGCCAGACUCUGAGGCAGAAGAUGAUUCUCUGUUUGGAUGUGAGGGUGACAGUCCAUCUCAGACAACAAAGCCGACCGUCAUGCAGUCUCAGAAUGAUCCAUUUAUCUCUGGAGAAAGGUCACCUAAAAAAGUCAGACGUAGGAGACGAACACCUCGCCCCUACUGCUACACAGAUGACCAUUCCUAUUGUUUAAGGCCUGGGUCAAAGACUCGUGCUAGGAAAGCCACCAGGGAGUCCAAGAAAUUGGUGAAGAGGGACAAAUGUGCAGUCAGGGUGGCAGAGCCCUCCAGUGUCUCCCCUAGUCUCAUCCAGCUUUCUCCAGGGAGAGCAGCAGAACAGCCUUCGGCCGUGACAGUUCAGUCUGCAGCACAGGACCAGGGAGGCCAACACGCACCGCCAGUCAUCCGCAUUCCCUGCAGCUCAGGAAACAGCUCCUUGGGUAAGCCUUUUACUUCACAGCAGGCAGGCCACAUUCGCAUUCCGCAGCUUCCAUCUCCUGCCCCUGCUUGGGAGCCACCAAGUCUUCCCCAGAAACCUGCUGUGCAGGUGAAGCGAGUCCGCACACUUCCUACAGCCACCGUGACUUCUGCCAGCACAUCACAAGCAACCCCGGUCAUCCAGGUCAAGGCCUCCUCUGAUGACUCCAAGGUCGUUCAACUGCUGGGCCCUGUCCGCGUCAUCCGGACUGUGGUGAGAGGAUGCAACCCCAUUCGGGGCUCUCCCUGUAGGGCCAGGGCUCCUUCAGGAGUGAAGCCCAGCAGCCUGCCCUCAGGAGGCCAGCCAAAGAAUGCAGGGCCGGCUGCACCUCAGGCUCCUACAGGUGGUGUUCAGUAUGUGGUAGGAAACCUUUCAAGUCUCAGGCCGGUAAAGGUUCUCUGGGUCCCACAGGGGUCGGAUAUUUCGGCCAUCCUGCAGCAGGCCCAGCAGCAGCAGCAGGUGCUUUACCCGUUGAUUCCACAGCCGCUGCAGCAGCAGCCCCCCACUUCUCAUCUUCCGCAGCCCGUGGUGCAGGUUUCCUGUGUGCAGGGAUCCAGCCGGCCACAAAGAGGCCUGUCUGCUCCUCAAGCUGCUGUCACUAACCUCAAUGGAGUAGGAAGUGUUCUGCAGUCCCAGAGAGUUGAGUUGUCUCAGCCUGCGCAAAGGCCUUCCCAGCUGCGGGUCCAGCUCCCGGCUGCCUUCCAGAAGCUGCCACAGUCCCAGGGGAGAAUCGUGCAUCUCCCACAGGCUGUGGCAACAGCAUCAGUCCAACCAGCUCAGCCAGCUGGGGGCGGGCAGACAGCAGGUCAGCCCAAAGGCCCAGAGAAUGGAGGCCUGCCCAGCACUCCCAAAUGCUGA